AUGUGUGACGUCGAACAAUUAAGUUUGCAGAUGCCUUUUUUUUUGCUCAUGUAUUCAUGCAUUUCAUUACUUUCAGAGAGAAUGAUACAGCAACCAAGGCGACUGGCUCGAUCAGGCGUACAACGAGGAAUACAUCAACAACAACAACAGCAAUCUCAGCAACAACAGCCUCGACGUGGUCAGCGUACCUUUCGCCCUUACAAUAAUGCACUUCAGGCUACACGCAAGAAACAUUUCUGGAGUGGAAAAUUGUCACUCUUGAUCUAUCUGGCUGCAUUCUUGGUUGGAUACCGUCUCUUUCGUCUGUAUCAGUUUUAUAUCCAAGAGACUACACAGAAAAACAAGACAUCUAGUCCUUCUUUUUGA